AUGGCAGACGCGAUAGGGACCGCCGCGAGCGUUGUCGGCCUCAUUGGCGCGCUGCUGAAGACCAUUCAAGAAAUUCAAAAAGCCCGAGAACGAGUAAAGAACGCGCCAAAAAGGCUCGACGAAAUCUCCGUGUUACUCCAAGUCACCUCGCAGACGGCUAGUCUCGUCAGAGAGGAGCCCAGGUUACAGACACCUGCGGUUAUCCAUCAGCUCGAGAUACUGAACACAAUCGCGGAGGAGCUGAAACAGCUUUUAAAAAAGCUGGACAAGAAGAGCCGGAAACACCCGCUUCGGAAACUCGCUCGUGCCGUGAGGAUACAAGAUGCGGAUGACACUGAGCUGGCCAACAUUACGAACCGUUUAUCCGAUGCCAAAGCGGAACUAGGCACUCGAAUGCUUGUCAUCCACGUAGGUCUGACGGGAAACCUAGAGGAUGGCUUCAGAGUUAUGCUCAAGGUUCUUGAGGAAAUUAACUCAAAAGUGUUCCAUGUGCUGGGUGAAAAUCUUCAUCUGAUUGACCGACUUCGAAGCAGAGGUUUUACAAUUGUUGGUAUGCGUACACCUUAUGAAUCCCAAAUUCAAGAAAGAUUACUUCCGCUUACCAUUUUCCGCACAGGGAAUGGCGCUAUCUCUCUCGGGCCAGCUGAUAUUCGAUCCUUGCAAUUGGAAGACGAGCUCCCAUCCCAACAGCACCUCUCCGGUGGCAGUCAUGUAUUGAACUUGUCGGAGUUCGGCGACUCCGGGUUUCUCUCCAACCUGUCUUCCAUCCAUCCCAAUCUAAACACAGCAUCUCAUCACCAGUUUGGAUACCAGAGCUCGGCAAAAUCUUUCAACUCUAGCAGACUUGCUAGUGAUCUGCAGGAACAAAAAGGAAAGCCGUUUAUCUUCGUUGACGAUGAGACUGGGCUCGGCCAUUCCAUGUUCUCAUUGUCGGUUCUUACGCCUGUUAGGUUUGAUCGAGCGGAUAUCACGGCUUACUUCUUUUGCAAAGAUCCUCAAAGCGAUCCAAUAUCACCCAUCACAACGUCAACAAUCCUCGGUGGAUUGGCCUACGUCUUGCUUCGGCAUUCCGAUGGACCGGAGCUUCUGACGCGAAUGAACUGCACCUUUGGGCACGAGCUCAAAAUAUCUAGAGCCGAAGUCUCCCGAGCCGGCUUAUUCCAUCGCAUGCUAGGUGAAAUUUUUCGACAUGCUGCUUCGCGGCAAAGACGCCCUCUUGUGAUCGUAAUCGACGGAAUAGACUUCGAAGGCAGCGAAGGGGACCGUGCAGACUCAAAUAUCUCUCGCCUGAUAUACCACAUCCAGCAGCUCCAACAUGAGAAUCCGGAAACUUGUCUGAAAUGGGUCUUGACCGGAAAAUUCUCAGAUACCUUACGGGGGCGGCUUGUGGAGUUAGCAACGGGUGCAGACACCACUGAGAUCGUCCUCAAACCUGACGAUGUGGCAGCAGCUUUUGGACUCCAAGAAGCUAUUCACAUAGUUGCGAAGACAGCAGCAGUUUGGGGACAUUUUAUGGAAUAUGGAGUGACGGCUCAAACAAAUCCUACGAACGAUGACAUCUCGUGGUUUCGUUAUUGCAAGUUAGCACAGUCAUGGUGCGCGAAGCCAAGAGAGAGUGAACACGAUUCAAGAGUGUUGUGGCUUCGGAAAGGUCUUCACUCAUUCUCGGCCGCAAAUGGUAUCGGACUCCAAGUAGCUUCAGGCAAGCUCCUCAGCAAGGAACAGUCACCGGUUGUGGCGUUCUUCUCCUUUGCGACAUUCGAGGCCGGCGCGAAUCAGUCACCAACAUCUGGUCGUGAGCAAAUGAAUCAAGCACAGGUUGUUUGGUGCAUUGUCGCACAGCUCCUUCGCGGGCAAUUUGGGCCCGAGUCUUCGCUCGCUGAGAUUCUUGUGCGGCUUUCUCCAACAGAAAGAGAAGCUCUCAAUUCAAUCUGCUCAGCCUUCGGGGAGCCAGAGAGUUCCUUCAAGCCCAGUGCUAGCGGCGACGAUCCUGCUUCGCCUGUGCCGGAAACGAUCACUUCCUGGUAUUGUCAAAUCAGAGGUCUCACUCGGGAUUAUUUUUCAAAGGUUGCUACUGUCAUGAGCGCUUGUCUGGAGGAUAUCAGGAAGGAUGGCAAAUGCGUCGUGCUGAUUCUCGACGGUCUCGAGCUUCAAUCCCAGAGUGCUCGUAUGAGACUGCUUACAUGGAUCGCCAAGCUUGGCCAUGGUGUCAGAGCUCUCCUUUGCAUUGAUGAUACUCGCAAAGACAGCACUGGCGUCGAGUCAAGAGAGGCGGAGGUCAUGUCGAAUGCUCUCAUUGUGGACGAAACUACGGAGUGGCGAGAAUGCAUUGAAAGCCUGCGGUUCGAUGGCAUGCACCAAAGGCGUGAUCAAGUGGCAGAUCCGCUGCCUGCCACCAACCAGUGGCUCUGGGAAACCGAAGAGUUCCAGGAGUGGAGAUCUUCUGGUAAAAUCUUGUGGAUUAUGGGUAAAGCGGGAAGCGGCAAGUCGGUUCUAGCGAAGAACAUCCAACAACGUCUUCAAAGGGAUGUUCCACACGGCGAUUUCAAUGACGAUCCGUUCGUAUGUGACUGGUUCUAUUCAGCCCGAGGGCCUGACUUUGAAGCCAAAGAUGCUUCAAUGCUGCGCGCUCUGACUUUCAACAUCCUCAGCUCAAGCAAGACGACGUUCGAACCUGCGACAUCUAUCUAUCGGGCAAGAUUUGAUGCUGGACGGCAGGAUGACGACUGGUUGCAGUCGGAGCUGUCAGACCUUUUCACGACACUCGCGCUCAGCCCUUCAACGCCCCGAACACUUGCAGUGGUAGACGCGUUAGACGAGUCAGAGAGCGUGACGGGACCAUCAGGUCUCAAGUCGACGCACCAAAGUUUCAACUUGUUGCAGAUGUUUACGGGAAUUGCAAGUUCCCGGAACAGCCGCGUCCGCUUCGUCUUGCUCAGCAGGCCUGAGUCCGUCAUCUCCAAAAGCCUGAGCAACUGCUUAAAGAUCAAGAUGGAGCAGUACAACAACCGGGAUAUUUCCAUCAUGAUUGAAGGCGGUAUCGAGAAACUUCGAGUGGCCUGGCAAGAUGCCCUCUCCUCCGACUCCGACCAUGACGACCUGGCGGAUUUCUCCGAGGACCCUGACGCCUCAACUGACUCGCAGCGUUACGAGAGUCAGUCUCCCAAUGACGACCUAGAUAUACAAGAGGAAACAUUGGGCAAAAUACGUGCGUACUUAGAAACUCAUGCUAAUGGCGUGAUACUCUGGGUCAUCCUGAUUAUUCGACAACUUUUGCUCUUGAUUGAGGACGAGAAACUGUUUACAACCCAGGAUUUGAUGGACUCGCUUAUUGCAUCGCCGCCAGAGGUUGAAGAACUCUACAUUAGAUUUCUCGAAGGUCUCAAGGGUUCCAGUACAACCAAAGAACUGUCAAAGACCAAAACAAUUUUGGAGUGGAUUGUUGGGUCUCAAAGGAGAUCAUCCCUACAAUUAACAGAGUUACGGGAAGUAAUUGCGAUCUCGGAGAUGGGGGAGCACAGGCAAUUCAGCCAUGAUUCCUUGGGUUCACGCAGGAUGGUCAUUGGAAAGCACCUUUGGCCCAAGUUCUGUCGCAGCAUUCAGAUGUACUGCGGUCCGCUGAUAGAGAUUUUGGAUGAUUGCCAAAUGUCUAGACUGGACUCGCAACAUAAUGUCAGGCGCGCGGAACCGAAUUGGACGAUCCAGCUAUCGCAUCAAACAGUCAAUUCAUUCCUACAGACUCCAGGCCGCAGCGGAGAGUUUUACAUUGAGGCAGCAAGAGCCGAAGAAAUGGUCACGAACCAAGCCUACCGUUACCUUGGCAUCCGUGCCUCAUCACCCGGACAAUUAUCUUGCCGAAGCGCCGCAGAAGGUGAGAGGGACCCAAUUCUGGCGCUGGAACUGGCCGUGGCACCUCUGCUCCAAGAGUCGUUGAAAAUAAGCUUGCCUACAACUCGGCAAUACACAAAGUCAGAGAAGCGGCCGCUCGCGAAGUUCGCCCUAGACGUUAUACUGAAGUCUUGCCCAAAUAGGAAGACCAUAGUACAAACGCUAGGGACGGCUGAUACAGAUGGUUUGACACCUAAGGACUGGAUAGCCAUUUCAUGGCUCGCAGACCUGUGCUUUAUCCCAACGUUUCCGGGCACGAGCCUGGAAUCGUUCAUCUUCUUCUGCUGCGUAGAGGGCCAAACGGAGGCUUUGAAGACUUUUACACGGCUGAAGGAUGAAUAUUCCGAAAAGCACAAGAAAAAAUUGAUGGCAAGCGGCAGAGAUUAUCAGAUCAUUUGCGGCGCCGUCAAGGCUUUCAUGAAAGUCCGAGAUAACAACCACUCUUGUUUGAACGGAACGUUGGAGGCAUUACGUGCUCUCUGCGAGGAGAAACUCCAACAGAAGUUAAAGUACUGUAGUACCCGUGUUGAAUCAAACGCGUCAAGAGGUAAAUCAGACCAUCGGGGCGACAUUGAUAACCUACAGGGUUUUCUGCUCUGCCUAUCGGAGCAAAAAGACCAACUACGAGAGGCUGUACAGAAUUGUCGUAGUUCUGAAAGAAAGCUGUCGGAAAAGUCCGAGAGGCUGGUCGGUUGUAGUGAGAUCAACCAAGCGUUCCAGGAAUUGUCUGUGUGGAUGAAAUCAAAUCUGGUUCCUGAAUUUGAGAUCAGCGCGGAUACAUCGAGGCAAAUCGGAGUGCCAGAAUCCUUUCAGUUGGGGUCGACUAAAGAUCUAAAAGUCUUGUUCGCUGAAAUAGACCAAGCUUUUCCGCUGAGGAUAGAACAGCGUUUGGAGACAACACAAACAUGUUCCGGACGCAUGUGCGAAGAAUUUCUCGAGUCUGGGCUGCCAAGAGAGAUCCUAAUUAUAGACGACCUCCUUUAG